UUUCUGGAAAAUGCCUUAGCCAGAGAGGCUGGGAUUUGGAAAAUGCCAGUUUUCCAGAAUCCCACCAUGAAGGGCACAGAUAUCUCUCUGUCAGGUUACAAAAAAGCAGUUCUCUGGAUUGCAGAAAUCAGCUCCCAGUUCCAGUUUUACCCAUAAACGUUCGCCUUAGCCACCAGCAUCUUCAACAGGCUGUUGGCAUCAGUAAAGGCCCAAUUAAAAUAUCUGCAGUGCAUUGCAAUUUCCUGUCUUGUCCUUGCAGCAAAAACCAAUGACGAUGAGGUAAUACCAUCAGUGCAGACGCUAGCGGUGCAGAGCAGAUGUAAGCACUCUCCAGCCGAGAUCUUGAGAAUGGAAAGAAUUUUACUGGAUAAGCUUCAGUGGGAUCUUUACACAGAAACACCAAUGGAUUUCUUAAACAUUUUCCAUGCCAUGGUGAUGUCCAGCUGGCCCCAUCUCCCACCCAGACUGCCUCAGAGGAAUCCUUCCCUCCACGUUGCACUCUUGACCAAGCAGCUGCAGCACUGUAUGGCCUGCCACCAACUUGUGCAGUUUAAGGGCUCCACGUUGGCUUUGGUGAUCAUCACCUUGGAGCUGGAGAGGCAGACUCCUGGUUGGUUUCCUGUUAUUACUGAUCUGCUAAAAAAAGCACAGGUGAACAGCACUGAAUUAAUCCACUGCAAAGAGCUUGUGGAUCUAGAGUUAAUGUGCUUGCAGCCACCCAAUGCUGUUCAUAUUUUCUAUCCCAUCAGCCAAGGUGUGCAGGGCCAUCCCAAGGCAAGGCUACCCUGCCAUCACCCUUCUGAACAGAAAAGCCCCCAACAAGGGAGGUUGAGGGUUGCUGUGAGCCAGCCUGUUUCAGCACCUUUCACACCUACUACAGCCCAAAUUCCUGAUCAAACCACUGAGACUGAAGAAUGCUGUGAUGGAUUCAGACACCUGCACAGUGAGGAUGGGGAAGUGAGUGCUGGAAGGAUGAACACAAGAGGCUCGUGCCCUCAACUGAGCUGUCCCUGUCCUCCCCUACAGCCCCCCUAACAGGACUAGUGGAGAAUUACUGCCUUGGAAGCAGCACCUGCAGAACCAGCAGGUCCCAGCAAACAGAACAGCCAAAACAACAGGGCAAAAGUGUCACUGUGCUUCUCAGAGGAUAAAGACACUUUGUAGUAUCAGUCUAUUUUUUAUGUCCUUCCUAAGCAGUGUGUGCUACCCCUCAGUUUUAAGAUUAUGUAAAGACAGAAAGCUGGGGAGGGGAUGGACUUGGUCACAGUCCUGCAACCCAGGGAUCCAGUUGGCAGGCAGCUACAAACUUCAUGGAGAACCAAAUGCCUCAGAGUUUAUUUUUAAAACAGCCAUGAUGAAGUUUGACAGAUUGAGCCUUUCAUCCAGCUCAUACUAUUGUUCUCUCAUUAGAGCUAAUCUGGCUUGGCCCAUGGGAGCUGAACAGGAGCUGCUGUCGAGGAAUGGGCAGCCCCCACUGCUGCCUCUGCAAGAGUUCUCAGAUGGAACCAAGGUUUUGAUUCAACAGUGAGAAGCUUGAAUCAAACUUCCAGUUUUCCUUAAGGCCUUAUCUUGUAAUCCAGGGGUCUGGGAUCUGCUUUUUCCUGGUUAAGCCAUUACAGACUCUAUCACAGUUACUUUGAAAUGUGGGAGAUGACUUCUUGUCUACAAUCACCAUUGCCUUGGGCUCCCACCAGCAUGUGCUGGUCAGGAUUUUAAAAUUUAUUCUGUUUUACCAGACUAGACAAAAUAAAAUGCCUUUAAUAAUUCC